AUGCCUGGAGAAGCUAAUAAAUGGAAGAAGGCUAGACAGGAAAUUGAUAAAUCGGUGAAAGAGGAGAAUUCUUCAAAUGGUCCAGCAAAAACUAAAGUUUUGGCUUUAGACUGUGAAUAUGUUGUGUUGGAAUUGGAGGGACAGAGAAUAUUUUCAAUCGUUAAUGUUGAUGGUGAGACUGUUUAUGACGAAUAUGUUUUGCCUACAGAAAAGGUAACAGAUUAUAGAGUUCAUGUUAGUGGAAUACGCAUUCCAUUUACACAAGCUCAAACGGAAGUACGAAAAAUACUUUCCGACAAUAUUGUGGUUUGGCAUUCUAUUCAACAUGAUUUUCAGGUUUCUUUUUUUUCAGGUUUGCCUUCAUUAAAAUUAUUAGCCCAUCAUUUAUUGGGUGUUCAAAUUCAACAAGGAGAACACAGAUUCUGUUUUGGAUGCUAAAAUUGCUUUACGUAUAUAUUUGCAAUAUCAAAAUAAUUGGGAGAAAAAGAAUUCGAAGAAUCCUUCAAAAACGAAGAAAAAGAAGAGUAAAUAAAUUUCUUU